AUGUUGAACCUUAGUUUAAAAUAUUCACCCCUAUUCACAUUCUCACCAUGGUUUGAAGUUGCCCGUCUCCUAAUUUUCCCUCUUCAAAAUGUCAAGUCAUUUAGAACAGCAGCUGAAGUGGAUGAAUGGCUGUAUGCUAAUCCGAUGCGCUCUCCGGGAGCUUUGCAUUUUGCCGAAAUAAAUGCUACUGUGAUCAGCUAUGGCCUUCAGACCAACUCAACUCCUCUUGCAAAGCGAGGAUAUUUUGAACAGCCAACAUUGAAGUUUCAAAUCCCGCUUCAGAUUGCUGCAGAGCGCGAAAUUGCCAGGUCUCUUAUUGGAGUUCCAAACUUUAGCUGGGUUGUUGCUCUUAAGGAAUUUGCACAUCCAAAGGUCGAAAUCACAUCUGCAAUAACAGUACUUGGACCUCCAUUUUUCCUUGCAACUGCCAUUUUCGGUUUUGUGUUUCAAAUGAGUUCUUUGGUGGCAGAGAAAGAACUAAAACUUCGGCAGGGGAUGAAUAUGAUGGGUCUUUAUGAGUCUGCAUACUGGUUGUCAUGGUUCACAUGGGAAGGAAUUCUUACACUUCUGUCAUCACUAUUCACUGUCCUUUUCGGAAUGCUUUUUCAAUUUGACCUCUUCUUGAACAACAGUUCUGCAGUUGUAUUUCUUGUGUUCUUCCUAUUUCAACUCAACAUGCUUGCCUUUGGCUUCAUGUUGUCAGCCUUCAUGAGCAAGUCCUCAUCAUCUUCGACCAUCGGUUUCUCGAUCUUCAUCAUCGGCUCAAUGACUGAGCUUGUUGGAACACUAAAUUUUUCCUACAGUCACCGCUUCUCCAAAAGGUUCCGAACCGGUUGGUCCUUCUUCCCUCCUAAUCUUCUGACCAAAGCUCUAUGGUUGCUUUCUGAUGCAACUUCUAGUCCUCAAGAUGUUGGGAUCAGCUGGAGUAGAAUGUCAGAAUGUGCAUCAAAUGACGCCGAGUGUCUGAUAACAAUCAGUGAAAUUUUUCGGUGGUUUGUGGCUACAUUCUUCCUCUGGUCUGUAUUGGCAAUCUACUUGGAUAACAUUCUCCCAGAUGAAUAUGGUGUAAGGAAAUCAAUGUUUUACUUUUUGAAUUUUCGAUACUGGACAGGAAGAGCCGGGAACAAAGAUCAAGACGGUGCCAUUUGUAGUUGCAUAGAGGAGCUCAAUCCUCCAGAAGACGAAGAUGUCCUUGAGGAGGAGAACAUCAUAAAGCGACAAAUUAAAGAAGGUAUAGACGACACAAAAAUCACAGUUCAGAUACGCGGCCUUGUAAAGAUACAUCCCGCGAGCACGAACAUCGGUUGCUUCAAAUGCAAGAAAAUUCCACCUUUCCAUGCUCUCAAGGGAUUGUGGUUGAACAUUGCAAGGGAUCAGUUAUUUUGUCUACUUGGAACCAGUGGAGCUGGGAAGACUUCACUAAUCUAUUGUUUGACUGGAAUAACUCCAGUCACUGGUGGUGAUGCAUUGAUCUCUGGGAAUUCCAUACGAAGCUCUGUCGACAUAUCAAGAAUCCGAAAAUUGAUAGGAGUUUGUCCUCAGUUUGAUAUUCUUUGGGAUGCACUAUCUGGGCAAGAGCAUCUCCAACUUUUUGCCAGCAUUAAGGGCUUACACCAAGCUUCAAUACAAUCUGUUGUUCAAAAAUCUUUAGAGGAAGUGAGGCUCACUGAGGCAGCCAAAAAGCAAGCAGGCAGUUACAGCGGAGGAAUGAGACGUCGUCUUAGCCUUGCAAUAGCCCUUAUUGGCGAUCCAAAAUUGCUCAUAUUAGAUGAACCCACAACUGGUACGGAUCCAAUAACAAGAAGACAUGUGUGGGACAUCAUACUGAAAGCAAAGAGAGGGCGCGCAAUAGUCCUAACAACACACUCAAUGGAAGAAGCCGACAUUCUUGGUGACCGGAUUGGAAUAAUGGCUAAUGGCAAGCUCCAGUGUAUUGGGAACUCAAGCAGAUUGAAGACGCGAUUCGGGACCGGAUUUGUUGUUCAUGUGAGUUUUGUCAAAAGCUCCAAUGGACACACUCAUGAGGAUGUGAAGCAAUUCUUCAAAACUCACUUAGAUGUUGUACCAAAGGAAGAGAACAAGUCUUUUUUGACUUUUGCCAUUCCUCGAAAUAGAGAAGUACUUUUUCCUGAUUGUUUUGCUGAGGUCCAAAACAGAGAGAGUGAAUUUGGUAUAUCUGACAUUCAGAUUAGUUUCACAAGCCUUGAAGAGGUUUUCUUGAGUAUUGCACGGAGGGCAGAGCUAGAAAAUGCCAUAGCUGAGGGGAAAUUCGUCACACUCAACUUAUCAUCUGGAAUGUCAAUUGAAGUACCUUUGGGAGCUACAUUGGUGGGAAUUCCAGGAACCGAAACAGAAGAAAAUCCUAGAGGGAAAAUGGUGGAAGUGCAUUGGAAGCAAGAUGAUCUUGGUGCUCUCUGCAUAUCCGGCCACUCGGCUGAAAUGCCAAUACCACCAGAUGUGGAACCAAUAGCUUCUUUGGCAGUAACUUCAAGAAAGAAUUUCACAGGUUCCUGA